GGUGUGUCUAGCCUUCGGCAGGUGCCUGUCGCUGGUUCCACACUCUCACGGUGCGGUCUAUCGAAGUAGACACCAGGAAGGACGCAUCGGGGCCAAACCUACCCACACACAACACAACCACACAGAAGCCCAUGAGCUAAUGCAAUGCAUCCUGGCUCGUUUGUGUGUGUGUCUAACUGACCUGACGUCGGUGACAUCGGCUGUGUGGUCUUCGAACGUCGUGACGGGCGCCAGGCUGGUUUUGCUCUCGAAGUGAUGCACCGCCAGACGAGAACCAGCCGCAGCCAGGUACUGGCCUGCACACGCACACAUACAACACAGAGAGAGACGUCGCAUGUGCCCUGUGUGUGGUCGCAUAGCAGUGUGUGUGUGUGAUGACUGACCGCUGUGGUCGAACAUGACACGGUUGACCGGUCUGCCCUCCUCAGCGGGGAUGGUCUGGAAACAUGAUGCCUUGCGCAAAUCCCACAACUUGACCUGCACAACCACACCAAAGGUGCAGUCGGAUCGCCGUCACGACUAAGCGGACGUGAUGCUGACCUCGCCCGACUGGGCUGACGUGGCGAGGAAGUAGCCAUUCUCGGAGAUGGCGAUGCUCGUCACACACGACUGCACCACACACGCACUUACAUGAACAGGUGUGUGACAGCAUGUUGGUCCCUGGCUCACCUCUCCCUCGAGUGUGGCGAUGACGUCCAUCUGCUGCAUGCCGUAGAUGGACACCACACCGUUGAUGCCGCCGCCAGCCAUGAUCACACCGUCCGGAUGGAACGUCAAACACGACAACUGCACACGCACACACACACACACACACACAAACACACACACGCUUUUCCAUAGGGUGGACAUGUAUGUGUGUUGGGGUGGCUGGGCUGCCUGACCGUUGUGUUGAGGUCUUCGAAUGACUUGAGGCACCUGCCUGCUCUCAGAUCGUGGAAGGCCCACACGCCGUCCUUGCCGCACGUCACGAAGUAGUCACGCAGCGGAUGAAGACUUAAACCUGCACACGACCACAACACAACAACGGUGUGGGCACGAUCGUCAGAAAGAAUCCAAUGGCAGGUUGUGUGUGCUCACCGGUAACUUCUGCCUUGUGUUUCCGGAUGGUGUGAACGUUCUUGUACUGCAGGCCGCCCUCAUCCUCACUCGCAGACCACAAUCUACACACACCCCACACACGCAUGUUGUCGGGGUAUGACCACGAAUCCAUCUGCUUUUGCCCUGUACCUGGCCGUCUUGUCGUCGGACACAGAGAGGACGAACGAUCCCUUGGGGUCUGCGGCGACCUGGUUGACCUUCCGUUGGUGUCCGUGCAGCUUGGCGAGUGUCUUGCCAACGGCAGUGUCGAACACCACCACCUGGGCGUCCACACCUCCCGUCACGAUGCGGUUGCUCUCGUCCAUGUCCACACACAAUAUACCUGCACACACACAUCAUUGACACAGCAAAGGCAACCAGAUGAAUGCCAAUCGACGCGUGCGCAUCGGGCCAUGCAUUCAUCAGAAGGACAGUCGAGCUAUGCGCGAGUCCAGUCACGACGGAGCCAUCCAUCCAUCCAUCCAUCCAAGAGAGCCCCUUUUCCUCUGUCCGUCCGUUGAUCCGUCCCCUUGUUUGUGUAUCCAUCCAUCGGUCGGUCGGUUGACCGGUUGUGCAUACCAGGGGGGGCAGCGGAGUGGACUGGGUAGUGGCCCGCACACGUAUACGCCCUGUCCGCAGGCACGUGCGUACACAUACAACGUGCAGUGCCCACGGAUACACGUGUGUGGGUGUGGGUGUUGACUUGAUUUGGUCGGGGGGUGUGAGGUCCGGAAACUGCCUCCCCUUCCUCGUGGGCUUGAGCUGCUUGGCCAACGCCUCCAUCUCGUGAACUAUCGCCUCGCUCACACCUGCAACCGACACCAAUACCAAUACACAUAAGUGAUGUCAACGGCAGGCCGCGUUUAUGCUCGCGUGUCUGCGUGCAUACCAGGCUCCUCAUCGUCGGAUGGAGCACCGACUCUUGCCGUUGCGAGUUGCUGCUGCAGCUGCCCCACCUGUGCCCGUGCAGCGUCCCUCUCGCGCAUCAGCCUGGCGAUCACACGACACGCGGCGUCGUGCUGAUAUAAACUGUGACUCAACUGGUUCCGAACCUGUCAUAUCCACACACACACACACACACAAUGACUGACACGUGUGUUGGUGGCUGGUGUGUGGGUGCUUACAGUGUCCAGGUGCAUUCUGAGCUGGAAGGUCUCCGUCAUCAGUGCAUCCCAUUCGGUCUGGAAGAGAUUCAGCAUGCCAGGAAUGCUCGACGCCGUCACAGGCCGGGGCUUCACCGCCUUGUUGCCUGAGUCAUCAAAUCAGUCACGCACAAACACAGACAGUCGAUUCUAUUAGCGACUUUGCGAGUGUGCAGAUCCAUACGAAUCAGCCAUGACACCACAGGUACGCACACACGGCCCAAUCAGCCCGCGAUGGCCUAAUCUCACUGAUGUCUCUGUGACGAUUCCCACUCGCUCUCUCGAGACACACCGGUCAGCAACAUGGCAUCGAUCACACCCUCACGCCCACUCUCACAUACCCUUCCCUGCCUGCCCCUCCUCUCACCUUUGAUGGGUAUGAGGUCCUCCACAGUGAGCUCUUCCUUGGUCACAGGGCACGUGUGUUCGUUCUGGAGGUGCUUUUCGAUGAGCCUUCUCUCGAAGAUGCAGCCAUGCUUGGUGGCCACCGGGUCUUCAGGCGGGUUGCCGGAGAUGCCACAGACGAGCGCCAUGGUUGUUGUGUGAGGCGGGAGGGGCGGGAGGGGUCAGGGCAGCACAGCAACGGGUGGGAGGGGAGAUCUGCUCGAGAUCUUCUCGUUCGAUCCCCUCACCACUUCACCAUCGCCCUCGACUGCCCCAAAAGCACGAUAAGGUCCUUGUUUCGGGUUGGAGCACCUCCGCUUCCCCUGAUCGCGAGCUCGGCAAGCUCGCUGACGAAGGAGGAAGGGACGACGUUGAUUUUGUGGUCCUGCGGCUGCGUAAUGCAAGCACAACACGAGUACGACGAAAGUGAGGCGUGAUCUGGAUCAUCCCAUGCAGACAUACCGUGAGGCAAAAGAGGUCCUGCCAGGAAUUGAACCUGGGCUACUGG